CAAGAAGCAGUCAGCACUGGACGCACUGAGUGUGUGGUGCCUGCGGUCAUCCGGGCAGACAGGACGCUGGGCGCCGGGACAUGGGAAGAGAGGCCUGGGCUGAAGCUGGAGGUUGGAGAGGAUCUGUGUGGGCUGGGCGUGGGGGACACUCGGCCUGAGAUGCGCAGGGGCGGGGCGGGGCGGGGUGCAAACCCGGACCUGAGGGGCAGCCUGGGCACACUCAAGGGGUGCAGAUGCAACAGAGCCGGGGUGGCAGAGAUGGGGAAGGACACGGUGGGGCACAGGUGCGGGGGAGCCUGGGUGUCUGCUGUGACGGAGAGGUCGGGAGGAGUGUCUGGGGCUGGGGGCCAGGCGCCUGCAGCAAGCGGGCUGGGGUGGGGAGCGAGGAGGGGCAGGAGUCAGGGGCCAGGGCACUGCCAGCCCAGGCCUGGCCAGGGUGCAGCUUGGGGGUUGGGGGGCGUGAGGGGCACAGGGAGGGUGGGAGCAGUCUUGGAGGGGUGGUGGGACAGAGCCACCCGGUAUGUCUGGAAGGCCGUCCAUCUGGGGGCCAAGGGUAAACUGAGGCUCAGGCGGCCGGCUCGGUGAAGCUGGGUGCCCCGUGUGGAGAGGUCUCGGCCCAGGUGCCCCUCGGCAGGUCCUGGCUCUGCCGGACGGAGCCCACCUCACAGCCCUGUCAUACUCUUGCCUCGUUGACAGGCCUGUUCCCUUGCUCAUCGCCCAUGUCCCCUCGAGAUGGUAGGCUCGGUGGGGCGGGACCAUGUUGUCUUACAUGCUGCUGUGAGGUGCUGUGAACAGGGCCGGGUGGCAGGAGAGGAAGGAAAGAGGGUGACGGGUGCAUGCGUCGUGGGAUGCUGUGGCUGGGUCUCAUCAGGAGUGGGCUGUCUGCGGGGUGGCAGGGUAUAACCUGCGGCUGCGGGUGGGUGGCCAAGCUGGGGGAGGGAAGGUGGCGAAAGUCGCUGGUCCUGAGGCAGGGGGCUGGGGCUUAAGUGGCCACACGAGUGGACGGGUGAUGCUUUCGUCUGGGAUGAGAGGAGACUGACUUCAGGGGCUGCUGCCCCACCCCCAGCCCGACACUGUGCCUGCAGGGGGUCAGGCACAGGGGAUGACAUGGGAGAGCCCCCAGGAAGCUCAUCACGCCCCUGGGCCUGGCGGGGGGCACUGUGGGAUCUGUGACUGCAGGGUGCUCGUGGUGGGGCAGUCAGGCACGCUGCCCGGAGGAGGAGGCUGGACAUGCGUGGGCAGCCGCGGGUGUUCUGCCUCUGGGCUCCCUUCUUGCUUGUCACUCUCCAGCCUCCUUGGGGAACUACUCUUGGGAGGCCCGCCCCACCCUUCUCCGAGGUUCUCAAAAUGCAGGCUACUCUUUAUUUAUUUUAAAAAUGUAGCCCUGGGCAGGACUCCAGGAACGCUUGGUCGCAGUUCUCUGCCUGCGCCCGUGGUGAGGCGGAUGUUUACACACGGCCCAGGGCUGAAGAGCCCUCUGCCUGGUGCUGGGGAAGCUCCCGCCUGUCCCGGGAUCCCGCACUGGCCUCUGGUCUGGGAGGCCCUGAGAACACGGGCUCUAGCCCAAGGUCCCACAGCACAUCCAGGCAUAGUCGGGGUUACCAGGCAUGACAUCUGGGGACUCCCCUCCUGCCCCCACCCCAUGGUCUGGAGCGGGCACUGUCCACCCUCCCCCCCCCAAUCCCACAGCAAACCCACCAGAAAUUACCAUCCAAAAGGGUGUUGGAUCCGGGUGGUCCCCUGAGGGCGUGCACUUGUUCCAGCAAACUGACGGCCUGCUCCGGCCCCUCCAGCUUGGGCACCCCUCUGGGCGGAAUUUUUCUGAGGGCUGUGGGGCCAGAGGGCAAGACGGGGGCAGUCCCUGCUUCCCAGGGGGAAGCGGAGGCUCGGGUGGGUAGUGGGCCCCUGGGGGCAGAUGGAGGGGACCAGUAACUAGGUCUGUGGGACAGCGGAGCCCCUGCCCACCCCACGGCACAGGCUGGUGCCCAUCUUUGGGCCACAGCACCCUGGGCUUCAUCGUCACUGUAGUGCGCGGUGACAGGGCAGCGCCCACCCAGAGCGCUGAAGAGCAGCUUGAAUCUUGGCUCUGUUGUGGCGAACACCCUGCGGAGCGACCCCGCGCCCCUCCCAGCGCACAGCAGUCCCCUUCUCUGCAGAGAGCAGCUCUCGCGGCCCCACCUCAAAGCCGAGUCCUUCGGCCAGCAGCCCCUGCCCUCUGGGGCCUGGUCAGUAAAGGAAAGGGCCGUGGAGCGCGUGUGGACCUGCGGGCUCCUCUCCCGGUGCUGCGUGGCUGCUGACAGGAGGGGGUGGUCCCUGCCCGGGUAGAGUUCACAGCCAGUCCCCUGGGCGCGGCCCCCACACCCACACCCACCCCUCCGCCUUGUGCCCAACUGAUGACUAUGCUCAAGUGAGCUGACUGCCACGGUUCAGAGGCCGGACUCUCCUGAGUCUGUUUUCUGAGCCUGGGGGCUCAGCAUCUCGGGGUCCCCCAGUCUGUGGGGGAGAGAGCCUCAGGAGCGGGGCCUGAGGGCUUCCUGGAGGAAGGGGACACAGCAGGCUGGGGCUUUCCUGAGUUUCUGAUGCUGUGUGCGGCCAGCUGGCCACUGUGGUGGCUGCUGCCUGGGCAUGGGGCUUCCUGGCCCGUCCCCUCCCUGGCCCGGAGGUCACACAGCCAAUUUGGGGAAAAGAGGCCUGGUCUAGGGUGUGCCACUGACACCUCUGGGCCUCAGAAUCCCCACCCAGCGCUGUGGAGGAGCCGAAGUUGGAGCCCUUGUAAGCUUCCCCAUCCAGAGGUCGGCUCAGAGAGGGAGGGCCGCCCUGUAAGCCGUCCCCAACACGAGCCAGGUUCUGGGGUCCAGGCGUUUCUCCUCCCAGGUGACACCUCUGACAUGGCGCUGCUGGAGGCUGACGGAUGACCUGGGCCCAACUGGCUCAGUGUCAGUCCCUACGCCUGAGGGUCCGUCAGCCUCUAGUGCUGCCCACAGGGGUGUGUGUGUGUGUGUGCGCGCGCGUGUGUGCGUGUGUGAGUCUGGCUGGGCGCAUGCGGUGCACGCACAGCCCGACUGGCCGGCGCGGCCUCAGUUUCCCCGCGCUCAGCGCCGCGGCCCGGCCCGCCGCCGCGUGUCGUUUCAGCGCGCUGCAGGAGCAGAAGGGCGAGCUGCGGAAGCGGCUGUCCUACACCACGCACAAGCUCGAGAAGCUCGAGACCGAGUUCGACUCCACGCGCCACUACCUGGAGAUCGAGCUGCGGCGCGCGCAGGAGGAGCUCGAGAAGGUCACGGAGAAGCUGCGCAGGAUUCAGAGCAACUACAUGGCGCUGCAAAGGAUCAACCAGGAGCUGGAGGACAAGCUGUACCGCAUGGGCCAGCACUAUGAGGAAGAGAAGCGAGCGCUGAGCCAUGAGAUCGUCGCCCUCAACAGCCACCUGCUGGAGGCCAAGGUGACCAUCGACAAGCUCUCGGAGGACAACGAGCUCUAUAGGAAGGACUGCAAUCUGGCGGCCCAGCUGCUGCAGUGCAGCCAGACCUACGGCAGGGUCCAUAAGGUGUCCGAGCUGCCCUCGGAGUUCCAGGAGCGCGUGAGCCUGCACAUGGAGAAGCACGGCUGCAGCCUGCCCUCGCCGCUCUGCCACCCGGCCUACGCCGACAGCGUCCCCACCUGCGUCAUCGCCAAGGUGCUGGAGAAGCCCGACCCCGCCAGCCUGUCCUCCCGCCUGUCGGACGCCUCGGCCCGCGACCUGGCCUUCGGCGACUGCGGCGAGAAGCCGGGCGCGCGGCCCCCCUACAAGGGCGACAUCUACUGCAGCGACACGGCCCUCUACUGCCCCGAGGAGCGGCGGCGCGACCGGCGGCCCAGCGUGGACGCGCCCGGGACCGACGUGGGCUUCCUGCGGGCCCAGAACUCCACCGACAGCGCGGCCGACGAGGAGGACGAGGCCGAGGCGGCCGCCUUCCCCGCCGCCUUCCGGCACGAGGCCUUCCCGGCCUACGCGGCCUCGCUGCCCACGUCCAGCUCCUACUCGAGCUUCAGCGCCACGUCGGAGGAGAAGGAGCCGGCGCCGGCGGGCACGCUCCCCGCCGCGCAGCAGGCCCUGUACCGGCCCGGCCGCGACGAGCUCUUCGAGCGCGCGCCGCCCGCCGCCGCCGCCUUCCAGGGCAGCCCGCGCUUCGCCAAGGCCGCGGCCGCCGUGGCCGCGCCGCUCGAGGCCGAGGUGGCCCCGGGCUUCGCGCGGACCGUGUCGCCCUACCCGGCCGAGCCCUUCCGCUUCCCGGCGUCGCCGGGCCCGCGCCAGGCGCUCAUGCCGCCCAACCUGUGGAGCCUGCGCGCGCAGCCGGGGGCGGCGCGGCUGCCCGGCGAGGACGCGCGCGCGCGCUGGCGGCCGCUGAGCGUGGAGGACGUGGGCGCCUACCCGUUCCCCGCGCCCGCGGCCGGCCGCGCGUCGCCCUGCAGCUUCUCGGAACGCUACUACGGCGGCGAGGGCGCCGAGGGCCGCGCCAGCCCGCGCUACGCCGCCUACAAGGCCGACAGCUUCCCCGAGGGCGCCGAGCUGGCGCGCGGCCGCCGCGCCGAGCCCUGCUUCCUCCGCGCGGCCGCCGACCGCAGCCUGAGCCCCGGCCGCGCGGCCGACCCGCUGCCCGGCUACGCGCCCGGGGACGCGCCCGGCGACAGGCUGUGCGCGGCGGCCGGCAGCCCCGAGCCCGAGCGCAGCCCGCACAGCUCCAGGGACUCCCUGGAGCCCAGCUCCAUGGAGGCCUCCCCGGAGAUGCUCCCGGCCGCGCGCCUCAGCCCGCAGCCGGCCUUCGCGCGGACUGGCGGCGCGGGGCUCAGCCGCAAGGACAGCCUCACGAAGGCCCAGCUCUACGGAACCUUGCUCAACUGAGCGCCGCCCGGCCCGGCCCGGCCCGGCCCGGGGCCAGCCUCGCCCCCGCCCCGCCCCGCCCCCCGGCCCCGCCGCCAGGCCCCUCUCGUGCACCUGCCCCCGGCGAGCCGGCCGAGAGCAGGGCCCGCCCCGCGUUGUCGCGUCCGCCCCAGCCCCGCCACGGUGGAACUGCCCCCAGAACGUUUUUCACAUUCCAGCGUCCCUCCCCACCUGAGAUGAGCAUUCCCCCCUUUUAUAAAGUGAAACUAUUUUUAUAGAGAAAAAGGGUCUUUCUUAACGCACUUGGCCUCCAGCUCCCUGGAUGGCAGCCUUGGCGUUUUCAACACAAAGCUCCUUUAUUUUUCGGAUGAGGGCAAGUGGGGCUUGCCCCUUGGAGGGAAGGACGGUGUCCUACGGAGACACCCCGGUGAGCCAGUGACAAGGGAACCCCGAAGCUCUGUCCACAAAGAGGGGAACUGGAACGGGUGAAGGGAUGGGAAACGUUUUAAACUGUUUUCGCCGUGUGGCCGACACCCCCCGAGCUCUCCCGUGGUCCGUCGUCCCAAGUGGGGCCGGUGCUCGUCCCCCAGUGUCCCGCUCCCUGGCACCACCUCGCUCUACCUCAGACGUAUGAGGCCCUCUGACUCCCGGUUUCUGUGGCUUGCUUUCCUGUCGUCCGCCAUGCAUGCCCUGUCUCCGUUAGUACUGUAUUUUGCAUUCAUUAAUAAAAGACAUCGGUGGAAAGAAUCUGGGUCUGGGCUGUUUCUUCUCCCCGCUGCCUUCUGAUCACAGGGACAUGUGGCCCUGGUGUCCUUCCCCGUCUUCUCUCUGCGGCCGAGGCGUCUCCUGACCCUGAUGCUCC